AUGAACAGGUCUACGACAAUAAUGACCGUCGCAGGCGUCACAGUCGGCGGCGUCCUUGCAUACGCUGUGUACUUCGACUACAAGAGGAGAACCGAUGCCAACUUCCGCAAACAACUUCGGAAAGAAAAAAAGCGUGUCAAGCAGAGCCAGACACCGUCUGAAUCUGGUCAGACUGCAACCGGGGGAGUGGAUGCAAAUGACUUGCGGAGCGCGUUGGAGAGCGUGCGCAACGAAGAAGUGCCACCUGGGCCAGAGGAAAAGGAACAGUAUUUCAUGAAGCAAGUUGGGAUGGGUGAACAACUAUGUGCGAAAGGUCCUGUCUACCACCUUCCUGCCGCGAUGUGUUUCUAUCGCGCGUUGCGCGUGUAUCCAUCACCCGUGGAGCUCAUUGUGAUUUACGAGAAGACUGUUCCUCCACCUGUUUUCCAGCUUGUGAUGGAACUUACCAAUUUGGACGUGAGUAAUGAUCCUUCACUGGCAGAGGGGAAAAUUGGACCACUGUCUGACGGGGAGGACGAAUCGAGUCCCUUACGGGGUCCACCCUCGGAAGCAUCCUCACAAGAGUGGGACAAGGUCACAGAUCCGGGCAGUCAGACGCCUGCCCUGACUAAAGAUGAGAUAGGGUAUUAUACGUUCUUCCCGCCAAAGGCAAUGAAUGUCGCAGUUGAGACUGUCAAUGUCCCUGAUGGCAAAGGCGGAACUAUGUCGAAGAAAGUCCUUGUCGUGACAAAAGAUUUCAAGGCUGGUGAAGUCAUCUAUCAGGAGGAUCCAAUCGUGGCCGUUCUCGAUGCCGAUCUUCAAGGGAAAGGCACACAUUGUAGUUACUGCCUGCGCCAGAUCCAAAACGAUCCCAUCCGUCCGGAAUCUGAUCGCCUCCACAGUGUUUACUGCUCAUCUGACUGCCUGACCCAGCACAAAGCACACUCGCAGACUCUGCUCUUCACGCUCGAGUCGCCAUUGCCUGCCGCCAUUGCGCCCGAAAUGGGAGACACGCUACGUAAGGAGCGGGAAAAUGCCCAAAAAGCGUUCGUCGAGUAUCUCAUACAGACCAAAAGGGCCGCACCAGAACUUGUGGCACGAUUCGUUGCACGACAGGUCAGCGCGGAGACUGCUAAGAUGUUGCCUCGCGGAAUACUGCCUGGCGUCGCUUCCGAGCCGGUGCUGACCGACGGUGGGGAGUACUCGCUGUACGAUCAUCUCGAGCGCCUAAGAUACCUCGAGGUGAAGCCCGCAGAUAAUGAGACUCACGUCUUGAAGGAUGUACUGCAGACUGCGCUCCCGGGACUUGAACAAUUCCUUACGGAGGAGCGGCAUGCAACCUUUGUCGGGAAGAUGUCGUACAACUCGUAUGGAGUAUACUUCGGUGAAGGAAGGGAGGACAAGCCUGAGACAGCUGCUCGCCCUGAGAACACCGAGAAAACACGCACACCCUGCGGUACCUCCAAGCAGAUCGGUACGGGCUUUUACGCAGUAUCAUCCUACAUCUCGCAUAACUGUGCACCCUCCGCUGAGCCUGUCUUCCCAACUGGCACUGCACAGCUGCAACUUGUGGCCACCUGCGCACUUCAGAAAGGCGACGAGAUCACCGUCGCGUAUGUGGACGUAUCACAGCACUCUGGGGAGACACUCGAGGUAGCACGCCGGCGUCGCCGCAUGGAGCUCGCGAGGGGAUGGCGGUUUGCGUGCUCUUGCAGGCGCUGUGCUGAGGAAGGAUUGGAAGGUGAGAUCGAGGAAGGACUGGAAGGUGAGAUUGAGGAAGGAGGGGACGAGAGCAGGGUGGAGGACAUUGUGACAAGGGCCGAGGGGUCAUAA